AUGACAAAGAAGGGAGGUGAGGCAAGCACUUCUGGCGGGCGUGGAGGAGAGUUGGUGUCGUCGACGCCAUCCCUCAAGCUCUCGAAGAUGAACUACCUUGUCUGGGCGAUGAAUAUGAAGGUAUAUCUUGAUUCUCAUGACUUAUGGCAGGUGAUAGUCGGUGAGAAUCAAGAAGAAGGAUCGACUAGCGUUGUUGGCAAUCUUCAGUGCAAUUCUGAAGGAGAUGAUGACUGUUCUUGA